AUGAACGCUGAUCGAUCAAGCUCUAAAGAGACUGCAGAUCAGGCUAGCAAUCAAGAAAACCAAAACAGUACUUCUCCUCUCAAAGCCGCUGUAACGAAAUCCUAUGAUUGUAUCUUCUGCAAGAGAGGAUUCUCCAACGCUCAGGCCCUCGGCGGCCACAUGAACAUACACCGCAAAGAUCGGGCCAGGCCCAAUAAGCCCAUUAACAAGGCCCCACUCGCCCUCAUGGACUAUGUUCCGAUGUGUAUCAAAGAGCUGGCUUUGUUCGUUGAGAGGCCGAGCAGUCAAAGUGUCGACGAUCGGGCUUCGAGUGGUCCUGUGCCGGUGGUGGAGGAAUUGGACCUUGAGCUCCGGUUAGGGCCCGAGAGGUCCAAUAUUCACGAUUCGAUGAGGCUUAGAGAAUUUCUCUGA